AUGACCACCAUCACACCAUCAUCUUCCUGUUCCGAACAACAAACAUCCGUUCAAGAGAUGAAUCACGAUGAGGAAGAUCUACAUCAUUUUAAAAUUGAUUUAUUUCAACCCGAAGUACAAGAGUAUUUGGUACAGGCCAUGGAUUUGAAAGAUGGAGGAGAGAGUUUGAAAAAGGCUUUACAGACACCUCCGAAUAUUUCCACUGUUCGAGUGAAUACAUUACACUUUCGAAAAAUGGAUGAAAAUAAGAGUCAUGAUGAAAUCAUGGAACAAGCAAGAAUGAAAUUGAGUGAAAUUUUGGAAAAUAAGUACGAAGUGAAGAGAGAUGAACAUGUUCCAGAUUGUUUAACUAUACCUGUAACGAAAUUAUUUCCAAGUUUUGAAAAUAUUAGAGAGUUCAUUGUUGUGGAUAGACUCUGUGGACAAGCUGUUUUGAGAGGAUCUCAUGUAUUUAGCCCUGGAGUUUUAGCGACAUCCAAGAAUAUUCGCCAAAACUCCUUAGUGGCAAUAUUAUGUGACGUGCAAUCUCAGACCAUUAAGGGGUUUAAGUUUGAAAAAUCCAUAUCUGACAUGCUCAGCGGGUCUGAAGGAAAUUUUAUUUAUAUCGGUAAUGGUGUUAUUCAAAUGGAUCGAGCUAGCAUUUUCCAGACAAGAAAAGGUGUGGCCUUAGAAGUUACUCAACCACUGUAUGAAACAUGCUCCCUCAAUAAUUUAUCACAAAAAUAUUAUCAUGAGUUUUUUGCCCAAAACAUUUGCUCUAUGGUUGUUUCACAUCUUUUAGAACCACAAAAGGGAGAUAAAAUACUGGACAUGUGUGCAGCUCCAGGUGGAAAGACCACUCACAUUGCAAAUCUCAUGCAAGAUGGAGAAUUAAUUUGUUGUGAUCGCCAAAAAUCAAAAGUUGACAAAUUGGUGACAUUACGAGAAAAGCUUGGUUAUCACAUGAUGAAACCCAUUGUAUUGGAUGGUACAAAGGCAACAAGAAGAUUAGACGUUCAAAACGAGCAGACCGCACUGGUGGCCAAAGAAGUGACCACAACAAAUGCAACACAUUUUCUUGAAGAAGAAUAUUUUGACAAGGUUCUUCUUGAUGCACCAUGCUCAGGUUUAGGACUCAAAGGCUCUCUUUCUUUCAAAGAAAUUUCAUUAGAUUCACUUAGACAAACAGCAGAAUAUCAACGUAAACUGUUGUCACAGGCUUUCAAAGUUCUGAAACCGGGAGGUGUGCUUGUUUAUUCAACUUGUACAAUUAAUCCAAUGGAAAACGAGGAGAACGUACUUUGGUUUCUCAAUCAAUUCCAAUCAAAGAUAGAAUUAGUUGAGGCCAAUUUGAAGGCCUAUGCUAGUGAAGGGUUACCAAGUAUCAUCAAAGAUUCUUCUCUUCGAAGUAGGGUUUUACGUUUUGAUCCAAUACACACACCUCAAACUAUUGGGUUCUUUGCUGCAAAGUUCAUCAAAAAGAUGCUGUAG